GUCACACUGUCUCCGUCAGCUGCCGGAGGAACCUUGUCCGGGGGGAGGCAAACACUGCCUGGAAUGGCAAGAUAAUUUUGGCCGCGCGCAUCCAAGGGGAAUUCAUUUUCAAGACAACCGUACGCAGAUUGCCAUUGAUUGGUCGUUGAUGCAUCCGUAAUCUGUUGUGGGUGCCGUGGUUUUGCGCCCAGUUCAGCCCAAGUUCGACUCGAGCCCGACACUCGACAACCCCGGCCUUCCAAACGCGGAUACUUGUGCGGGGUACCUUGUGUGCAUCUGCCCUACGCGGCUAGCUGCUAUUUUAGUGGAUAGUGACAGCGGCCAUCCGGAGCCACAGGAGUGCCUGUGUAGCAGCAGCCCUGCGCAGAGUCAGGAGUGGAUAAUAUUUCACACGGUUGGUGCGUUAAGUGCGGCUGCGCCGAGAGAGGGACCGCCGCGGCAGACAUCUGUACAGCGACGGGAAAGGAGCCUCACCUCGGACGGACCAUCGGACCCAUGCCCCCCAGGACCGGAGCGCCGCGCAGCGUCCGAGCCUGACCGUGUGACCAGCCCCUCGCGACCCCCGGGAAGGGAGAGGUACACCGUACCGCACACCUGCAGCAAGCCUGGAUGUGGCUUCGCUCCGCAAAAUGAGCUCAGUGAGCGGCGGGAGGUUUGACUUCGACGAUGGUGGGACGUAUUGUGGAGGAUGGGAGGAUGGCAAAGCGCACGGCCACGGCAUAUGCACGGGCCCGAAGGGCCGCGGAGAGUAUUCCGGAUCCUGGUUCCAUGGCUUCGAGAUAAACGGGGUCUACACCUGGCCCAAUGGUAACACCUUCGAGGGCCAGUGGAGCCAAGGCAAGCGCGACGGGCUGGGGGUAGAAACCCGCGGGAGGUGGGUGUAUAGGGGAGAGUGGACGAAGGGCUACAAGGGCAGAUACGGCGCCCGAGAGAGCAAGACGACCGGCGCCAAGUACCAAGGCACCUGGAGUAACGGUCUACAGGAUGGGUACGGCUCGGAAACGUAUGCUGAUGGAGGCACGUAUCAAGGCCAAUGGGUGGCCGGCAUGCGGCAGGGGUACGGCAUCAGGAGCAGCGUGCCGUACGGCAUGGCGUCCGUCAUCAACUCUCCCGUGCGCACCUCGCUGGCCUCGCUGCGGAGUGACCAGGAGAGCAGUGUGGGGGAGGGGGCCCACGAGGCCACCCCCAGCCAAACCAAUCUCCAGGUUUCCGGCGCAAGAGGCGGCUUCGUUCUAAACAUCUUCGACGAGCCUCCGCCAAAGAAAAAGCAAGCCUUCCUUAAGCGCACCAGCAGCAUCAGAAAGUCUUUCCUUUCGGGGUUAAGGAUUCGCAAGAAAGGCAGUGGAAGUAGUCAAGCUAGUCAAACGUCUUACCGCAGUAGUGAAUACAGUGACAUAGAUGUAGAAUCAACAACACCUUCUAGUAUUAGCGGGGUGGAGUCCACGGGCACCACGUCAGAGUACGAAAUGCCGCACAUGGUGGCAGAGGAAAUAGACGCUAACACAACAGAAACUUACAUGGGAGAGUGGAAGAAUGACAAGCGGAGUGGGUUUGGUAUCAGCCAGAGAUCGGACGGACUUAGAUACGAGGGUGAGUGGCUGAACAACAGAAAGCACGGAUAUGGAUGCACCACGUAUCCCAAUGGAGCCAAAGAGGAAGGCAAAUACAAGCACAACUACCUAGUGCAUUCAGGGAAGAAGAAGAACCUGUUCUCGGUGCGUUACGCCAAGAUAAAGGAAAGAGUGGACCAGGCUGUUGAAGCUGCUCUAAAAGCUGCAGAGGUCGCCAGACAGAAGGCAGACAUUGCAGUUUCAAGAACUGCCCACGCGAGGGCAAAGGCCGAACAAGCAGACAUUGCCAGACAACACGCAAGAGAAGAAUCAGACAUUGCACGAUUAGUCGCUCGGCAACUGUCUCCAACCUUCCACCAACCAGGUCUAGAGUACAUAAAGAACAGGGAAGAAGCGGCGGCCAAGGCAGAGGCUGCUGAAACAGCUGAGAUGGCCCUCGCUCAAGCCGCCUCUCCCGCCCAGGCCAGCCCGCGCCCCAGCGCAAGACUCGUCACUCCCGACAUGGCCAGAAAAGCCGGAGCGACAGACGACCAUCCGCUCGAUCAGAAAGGAAACAAGAAGGAGCAGGAUUCAGAGCAGACCACCCCCAAGAGGAAGUUCAGCAUGAAAGCCGUGCAGGAUUGGCUCGGUUCCUCCUUCAAGAAGGAGGAAAAGCCUCCCCCUCCUCCCCAGCCCGAGACAGUGGAGGCCAUGGCCACGGCCAUGGAUGUGGGGAUAUCAGCCGGGCGGCCUGACGUGUAUGAGAACAUAGGCACCAACUUGGAAGCCCCGAAGGUCCCUCCCAAAUUCAAGUAUCUCUUUGGCGACGAAGGCGAGUUUUACGAAGACGAGGGUUACGACGAGUACGGCCCUGCCGCCGACACCACCCCGGAUUCAGGGAUCGGUUUCGAAUCAGAGUCCACGCUACGACACAGGAGGAGAUCCCCACACACAUGUGCAUUAGACGUCUUCGAGCCAACGGUAGAGGAGGCAGCGCCAGUAGGAAAGGACGAAUAUCUGGAGAAGGAAGGAGAGCUGUACUUGGAGGAGGUGCCACCCGGAGAAGAAGGAUAUCCCGAGGAGGAAUAUACAGCUGAAGAUCAAUACUUGGAGUGUCUUUCUGAUUUCUCCCCUGAACUUCCCUCCAAACCUCCCACCCCUGUUAACCACCGCAUCUGUUUAAAUGUACAAAAGCUUAAGAAGAAGGAGUACCCGGAGGAUUACAUCGACACCCCACUGGAGGAGGCAGAGGCAGUGGCAGCGGCAGCCCCGAUGAGUAUGAUACACACGGUGGAGGCGCUAGAACCCGUAACACCGCCGCCCGUAGCAGAACCGGAGCCCAAACCAGUGCCCGAGCCCGAGCCUGCACCAGCAGCAGCGCCCGUCGAGCCCCUGGCUCCGAAUGGGAAGCCGAUCGCUGCCGCCGCCGCCGCCCCAACCGAACAGAACGUCGUGGAUACAACAUGGAAACCAGCGUCAGAGAUUAUGAUGGUAAAGGAGGUGAAUCCGACAGCCCACAUCAUCAUCCUGGUGAUACUGUUGAACAUCGGCUUUGCAGUGCUGUUCUGCCACUUCCUGACGUGAAGACGUCCGAACGACGCGGAGGGACGACUCGGGUGUGACCAAUGGCGACGUGUCAGGGUGGGGUGUACCGGCUCCCAGCAAGAGGGCCCGAUGCCAUGCUCGCAUGGGAAAACAUGACCGCUCUUCACUAUCUGUGCUUGAACCAUCAAGAUCCACCCCAUCACCUGUGACAGCACUGCCUGCAUCGGGCCCUGUUUAUUUUUCUUGUGUAUGCAUUUACAAGAGGAAAAAGAAAGAAAAGACCGCAGGUUCGAAUCACGUCAGAAAAACAAAAUCAUGCUCUGCAUCCAUACUUUUUAUAUAAGAACUAAGAAGACAUGUAUAUUCAUAAAAAAUUCUCAUGCUCUGCCUUGUAAUUUCUCAAACACGACAGAUGAAGAAGACUCUACAUUCGUUCUUGGAAAUAAACAGACUACAAAUCUACAUGUGUAAGUUUUUAUUGCUACUUUGUGAGCCUGUCGAUGAUAAUAUUGGCAUCAUCUCCCACCUGUCCAUCAUGUUUAAGAGACUUUAAGGCCAUGUUGCCUGUUUGGAGAGUGGAAAUAAGAAAGAAUUGGAUUGUGGGAUUUGUGGAGGGUUCUGGGUAACCGAGACCUUUGACCCAGAUGGCCUGUUGUGUUGAACUCUGGGAAGGGAAAAAACGUAGCCAUUUGUAGUCAGAAUAAUAGUUAGACAUAUAUGAAUGAAUAGAACGGUGACAAUGGAAAAAAAUUGAAAUAAAAAUGAAAACCGAAAGGUUUGCCAAGAAAACAUAGUUUUGGGAGAAAAAGAGUGAGAAAAGGAAAUAUUUUUCUGGCCACAAUUCAGAUUCAGACCUAGUCUUUGCCAGUGAUUCUAACUUGCAUGUUGAGUGUUUUUGAAUGGAGAGCUGCCCGCCCUGUGGAUUGCAGCUAGACUUGUUGCCAAAACCUUAGUGUAAGCAAUGGCAAUCCUUUUCUUGUAAAUUCAUUGUUUGCUGCAUCACAGGAAAGUGUCAAGAAGGAAUGUGCUUUGAAUCUUGCACAUUUGUACAGUAUAUUCAAUGAAUUUGUGAAUGGAUUUCUUUGUUACGUUUUUAUACUUGUGGUCCAAAUGUAGUCAUAUCAUGUGCGAAAGCAAAAAAACUCUCUGCCUAGAAUGUAGUUGGACUGCAGAGUUGUACUACUAUACGUGUUGUCAUGCCUCUACCAUGUGCUUAUUCUGAUGUACGUUUAUUUGACACCCUUCUUCCACGCAUAUGUACCUACCUUAUACAGCUGUGCAUGUGUGUCUUAGUUUUGUCGAGAGAGAAAAUAAAAAACGUGCACACUCACUCACUUUGCUGAACCCUUGUAAUCUGGAACACCUGUAUUGUUGUGAGGGUACUUGUAAUGCUUGUCACAGUCAGCUAUCAAACAUGACUGGAUGAUGAACAACGUUGUUAAGUGAGACAAAAAUCAAUCGAGACAGCAUCAAGUCCCCCCUCCCCCUCCCUCGAGUGCUGGUUUUCUGUAUUUACCAUGUGCAAUGUUUUCUGACCUUAUAGACUUUUCAAUCAAUGAUCCAAGAUAGGAGAUGUAUCCAUAGUGGUGUGUUUUCAUGUUGAUGAGCAGCCUAGAUUUACAAACCAGUAGAGGUGUCGAGACAAAAAAUCUUUUCAAAUGGGAACUUUUCAUACAGUACAAUAAGCUGAUUUUCCAGUUAAAGGCAUAUUUUAUAUGUCUUUAGUGUAUGGAAUUCUAGUCUCCAUGUAAAUAAAGGUUAUGCAGGUGCAGUUUACAUGA